UCGCAGCGUGCGGACGUCACCGCGCUCGUUCCAAACCGCGAUAGCAACGCGUUUUCGUGUUCGGACAAUCCUAGUUCCACUUUAUUUACUUGUGCUUGUGCAUCGAAUUUUUGUGAACAAAACAUUUUUGACAAGUUACUUGUUGUGGGAACGUAUUUGCGGAUGCCAGUACGUGAAUUGUGCACAUUCCGUGUAUCUGAAACUAAUGGAUCGAAAUAAGAGAAGUUGAGCGUUGGAAACAUGACGCGCACCGCCAUUACGUUUUGGCGCGAAAUGCCAAUCGCUGUCACUUUUGUUUUGCUGGCGGCCGCGUGCGUGUCGGCGGCCAGGGUCGUUGUCGUUGAUGGCACCCACUCCCUGGUGGAAGCGGACAUCAACGAGCCCCUUCGCCUCGUGUGCGGGAUGGAGCGCAAGAUUCCGGUGCAUUGGUACAAAGAUGGACAGCUUGUACAGAGCGCCAAGCAGAUGCUUCGAAUAAGAGAUUUCCAAGAAAAAGACGCUGGAGUCUACGCGUGCCAAAGCAUCAACGAUACCACCAAAGAACUGAGGGUCACCGUCAUAGUGAAGACUGACAGUCGGGAUACUUUAAGAGAGUACCAAGCAGACAUGGACGUGGAGCGCCCUCUGCCGGAGAUCCUGUCACAGCACAGCGCGCUAAUGACCGCCGACGAUAGCAACACCAGCGCCGAAGUCAGGCCCGACAACGGCUACAGGGAUGAAGAUACUGAUGACCGGAACGAAAAGGAUCACCCCGGCUACGGACACGUGGACAACAGCAUCAAGAAGUACCCGCCGCGGUUCAAGCACCCUUCCAGGAUGUAUUCCCUGGAGAUGAAGCCCGCCGGCAGCCUCAUCAGGCUGAAGUGCGCUGCUGAAGGGAACCCGACGCCGAAUAUAACGUGGAGGAAGAACGGCGGGAAAGUGUUCAGGAGCUUCGGUCAGCCCACUUAUGGGAAGUGGGCGAUGGUUCUGGACGAACUGACCAAGACCGACAAUGGGAACUACACUUGCAUCGUCUGCAACGAGCUGGGAUGCAUCAAUCAUACUACUGAGCUUGGUGUUCAAGAGCGCUACCCAUCAAGCCCUUACAUAAAGGAAGGGUACCCCGGCAACCUCACGGUGCUGGUCAACGACACCGUCCGCCUGUCGUGCCCACCCAUCUCCGACCUGGAGCCGCAAGUGUAUUGGGUCCGAACCUCGAACAGGACGGCGGACGACGACGGGACCCCGCUCAAUGAGACCGUUGUAGUCCAGAAACUUAUCGAGAGCGAUAAUGCGUCAGACAGACCCGAACAACUGACAAUUUACAACGUGACGAAAGAAGACGAGGGAUGGUACGUGUGUGUGGCGCUCAACACUCUGGGCAAUACCACCGCGAAGGGGUACCUCACUGUACUCGAAUCUAUCCCAGAAAAAGAGCCCGUCGACCACCGAAAGCACGCGCUCCUUAUCAACAUCUUAACCGCCGUCCUCGGCGCUGCAUUCUUCGUGGCGGCCAUCAUAGUCGUGAUGGUGUUCAAGAAGCUGAAGCGAGAGAAGAUAAAGAAACAGUUGGCCAUCGAGACGGCGCGGGCUGUUAUCGUGACGCACUGGACGAAGAAGGUCACGGUGGAGAAGCCCGCGAUGAAUGGCACGGUGAACAGCACGGCUGAUGGCUUGCUGAUGCCAGUGGUGAAGAUCGAGAAACAGAAGCUGUCCCAAGUGCAAGGCAACCACGAGUCGAUGCUGAUGUCUGAGUACGAGCUACCAGUUGACGUCGACUGGGAGGUGCCGCGCGCGUCCCUGGCCUUAGGCAAAGUGCUGGGAGAAGGGGAGUUCGGGAAGGUCGUGAAGGCCGAGUGUGUGGGCAUAUUGAAACCAGGAGUGCGGUCGGUGGUGGCUGUUAAGAUGUUAAAAGAGGGCCACACGGACGCGGAGAUGAUGGCUCUCGUAUCCGAGAUGGAGAUGAUGAAGAUGAUCGGCAAGCACGUCAACAUCAUCAACCUGCUCGGCUGCUGCACGCAGGACGGCCCGCUCUACGUCAUCGUGGAGUACGCGCCGAAUGGAAACCUUCGGGAAUUCCUGAGGAACCACCGCCCUGGAAAUAGAUACGAAUCAGACACAGAACCCCUCAAAGAAAAGAAGACCCUCACACAGAAGGAUCUUGUCUCCUUCUCUUAUCAAGUUGCAAGAGGAAUGGAGUAUUUAGCAUCACGAAGAUGCAUACACAGGGACCUGGCAGCCCGCAACGUGUUGGUCUCAGACGAGUGCGUGCUCAAGAUCGCGGACUUCGGGCUGGCCAAGGACGUGCACAGCAACGACUACUACCGCAAGAAGACCGAGGGCCGCCUGCCGGUCCGGUGGAUGGCGCCCGAGUCCUUGUACCACAAGGUCUUUACGACGCAGACUGAUGUCUGGUCGUUCGGCGUGCUGCUGUGGGAGAUCAUGACGCUGGGCGGCACGCCGUACCCCGCGGUGCCGGGCCAGUACAUGUACCAGCACCUCAGCGCCGGCCACCGCAUGGAGAAGCCGCCCUGCUGCAGCCUCGAGAUUUACAUGCUGAUGCGUGAAUGCUGGUCGUUCUCGCCCGGCGACCGGCCGUCCUUCACCGAGCUGGUGGAAGACCUGGACAAGAUCCUCACGGUGACCGCCAACCAGGAGUACCUGGACCUCGGCCUGCCUCAGCUCGACACGCCGCCUUCGAGUUACGACGGGUCGGGAGACGAGAGCGACAGCGAGUUCCCUUUCAUCAAGUAGGAUAUAGUAGAUCGUGGGGUACCUAGUGCUUGUAAAAUUGUGUAAAGCCUCGAGAUUAGGGUUGCCAGCUGUCCGGCUAAAGCCGGAUGUUUGGCUUUUUACGGUCGUGUCCGGCCAAAAAUUGUCUUGUCCGGCCUGUCCGGCUUUUGUUAGGCUUUUUAUGUGGUUGCCGCGCCAGGCGAGUCGAGCUACAGAAUAAUAUCAAGCGCACGCAUCAGGAUGUUGGGCAACCGAUGAUGAUAGUAUUCACUCGUAAGCUAUGACACUAAUUGCACACCCCUCCCCCCUCCCCCCGUGACAUAUCCGGCUUUUAGGGUAAAAUGUCCGGCCAAAUGAAGCACAAAGUCCGGCUUUUGUGUUUUAGGACCUGGCAACCCUACUCGAGAUGGACUCGGUAGACUAGUGAUGUUGAGACGAUAGGUACUGGAUAAUAGUGUAAAAUCUCCCUUUCAUCAAAUAUGAGAUGGUAGACUAGUGCCUGAUUCUCGACACGCCGCCUUCGAGUUACGACGGGUCGGGAGACGAGAGCGACAGCGAGUUCCCUUUCAUCAAGUAGGAUAUGGUAGAUCGUAGGGUAUAGUGCUUGUAUAAUUGUGUAAAGCCAGAUGGACUUGGUAGACUAGUGAUGUUGAGACGAUAGGUACUGGAUAAUUGUAAAUUUCAUCAAAAUAUGAGAUGGUAGACUAGUGCCUGAGAGAUUUUUAUAAAUAUUGACUAGCAUAAAAACUCCUUCAUUAAGUGGGCGAUGCACUUGGUAAAGCCUGGUCCGUGAGCACGUAGAAUCCCGUCCAAUGACCCCAAGCUACCCAUCCCUAUCACUCGCGCGUAAUUAUGUUGCUGUCGCGACUGUGCGACGCGCGCCCGCAGUGAGUGUGCGAGCGCGACAGCAAUAUAAUUACGCGCGAGCGAUAGGGAUGGGUAGCUUGGGGUCAUUGGACGGGAUUCUAUGUGCUCACGGACCAGGCUUUAGCAUAAAAACCCCUUCAUUAAGUGGGAGAUGCACUUGGUAGAGUAGUUCUUGUAAAUUGUUGGAUAGUGUUAUUACACUAUCCAACAAUUUACAUGGACCUUAACCUUUAGGAGAUGGACAUAGUAGACCAGUGUUCGUAAAACUUGAUAGAUACUGGAGCUGGAGAGUGUAAAACUUCGAAUUGAACAAGUAGAUAUGGUGUAAAAACUAGGAGUACUACUGGUAUACUAGUUAGUACUUGUGAGAUUUUAAAGGUAUAGUGUAAAACCUCCUCUUCAUUAAAUGACACGUGGAUUUAGUAGACCAGUGCUCGUGAAACUUGAUAGAUACUGAAGCUGGGAGUAUACAACUUCGUAUUCAACAAGUAGGAGUCACUUGUAGAGUAGUGCAAUGAUAGCUAGUUAUUCUUGUGAGACUAUUGAAUAGGAGAUGGAUUUGGUAGACUAGUGCCUGUAAGACUUGAUAGGUAUUCUACUUAGUCAAGUUGAAGAUGGAUUUGGUAGACCAGUGCUUGUAAAAUUUGAUAGAUACUGGAGCUGGAGAGGGUAAUACCUCCCCUUCAUUAAGUGGGAAAUACACUUGUAGAGUAACUAGUUCUUGUAAAAUUGUUUAAAAGUAUAAAUCCUCUAAAAAUUUUUUGUGUUUAUAAGACAAUUGAAUAGUAUGAAACUUCCACUUCAAUAAGUGGCAGAUGGACUUGGUGGAGUAGUGCCUGUAAGAAUUUAUAGGUAUUGGAUAGUUACCUCCCCGUCAUCAAGUAGAAGAUGGUCUUAUUGGGAGACUAGUGCCUGUGAAAUUUGAUAGGUAUUGAAUAGACACAAAACCUUCUUGGAUAAAACUAGUGGUUGAGGGUUAAGGUUUGAUUUGGUAGGUAGUUGAAGUGCGACGAUCGCUUCUGAUUGCAUCGACCAAAGGAAACGGUGAAUUUUAGUGUCACUAGAGGUUUUGGAAAUUUGGUUAGAAGGUUCAUAAGAAAUACAGCUGAAAAAGAGUUGAAUCUAAAGUUGGUACUGUAAGUAGCUUGAAUGGUUUUGAAACUGCGACUGUCAUUGUAAUAAUGUUAUGCGAUUUCAAUGACGAUGAACCUCUUAAAUCGUGAGCAGUUUCAAGAGUUGACAUUGCGUUGUAAAUGCAGAUGACGACUGAUUUUGAGAUUAGCCUCAUCUUAAUUUACGAUGAUCAACUCUGUAAAACUUUAUACAUUUCAAACUUUUGUCAGGAAUGUUUUAUGUAUUUUUUUCCCACCUAAUAAGCUGUGUGUGAUUUCAAAGUGCCUUAUAAAAUGGUGCAGUGAAAAUAUUAUGGUGUAGGAAUAUAAUGUCUGUUAUUUUUCUAGUAAUGUAGAGAGUAGAGUAGGUAAUCGUAAAAAGAUCAGAUUUAAACUUUCGUAGAUGGUGGUGAAUAUCCGAACGCGUCCUAAUUAUUUUUAUAUUGUUCAUCAAAUCGCUGCACUCUCGGGAUUUGGUUGAGUGCAAAUAGAUGGUGACAAUAGUCAUUUAAGUAGAAGAUUAUUGCAUUAUGCAUUUAAAAUAUUAUGUAUCUAUUAUCAUCACAAAAUUAGUAAGUACUAACUCUACACAUUGUUUUUACUUUAUUUAUUUUUAUAUUAUACAGUUUAUAAACUGUCGAUCAAAGUAUUGCAUAAUAUUUUUAUUUUGUAAAUAGUCUUUAUUAUAUUUAAAUGUUUUAUGUCAUUUAAUUGUUUUUUGUAAAUAGAUAAUGUAGAACCAAAGUUUAUUAUGUAAAUUAUUUUAUAUUUUAUGAAGCAUUUUCUAUCAGUAUUUUUGGUGAAAAUGGUAAUGGAACAUGACAAAAUAUAAUAUUUGUUUGCGUAGCAUUACAGUUAUUUUAGUAUCUAGUCUAUGCAUGUUGUAAUUAGCUUCAUUACAAAUAUAUUAGUGUUUAGUUAGGAAGUAAUAUUUUUAUAUUAUAAUUGAUAUUUUUAGUCACCAGCACAGCAAUCUACCAAGAAAUCAACCUUGUAAGUAAGGUUAAAUAAAGUUUAAAAUCCAUUUGGUUGGGUGCAGUUAGCUGGUGACUUUUAGCAUGGAAUUAUAUUUCGGAAGUUCUUACAAAUUGAUCUGAAAAGAUUUUUGUUCGAACACUACCUACAAGUAGAGUAGAUACAGGAAUCACCUUCAUUUCUGUGAAAUACAUGUAAGUAAUGUACAAUUUAUGGCAAUACUUUUGUUGUUGUGAAUUUUAAGUUUUUCCAGUGCAAAAUAGAAAACUGAAUGAUUUUUUAGUAUCAUAGAGAGAUUAUUAUGCAUUUUACCACCAAAUCUAUUGUACUUAAUUAUUUUUAAGUUAAAGUAACUUUGUGGCUAUGUAAGGGGUUGAGAUUAUUCUGUAAAUAUAAAAUUGCCUUUACAGUGACAAGACUUUAGUAUUUUAUUAUUAGUAAGAGGAGUCGAAAUUUUCUCACAAUAUGUUGGAUAAUAUGCGUUUCUAUAGAUUCGGUGUUGAGGAUAUGUUGUAUUGUUUGUAUAUUUGAUUUCUAUGUGAAUGGAAGUAAUUGUUUAAGUCCUGAGGAUAAUAAACGAUGGAUGUGACCGUA